AUGAGUGGUUUUUGUUGGUUUUGUUGGGGGGGUAAUAAUGAUGGAGGUGAAAGGGAGAGUUGGAGAAAGGAAAGGGGGGGGGGAAAGUGGGAGAAAAAAGUGGGGGAGAUAGGGGGAAAUAGGGGGGGUUGGUGGGGGAAAGGGGGUGGGAGGUGGGGGGGGGAGGGGGGGGUAUGGGGGGGGAAGUAUGUUUGGGGGUGGGGGGGGGGGGGUGAGGUAGAGGGUUAUGGAGUAGAUAUUGGGGUGGGGGGUUUGGGAGGAGGGGGGGGGGGAGGUAUGGUGGAUGGGGGGGGGGGGUUGGGGGGGGGGGUGGAGAGGGAAAAGGGAAAAUAA